UCCAAUGGCAAUCAAAGUAAUGAGUAUUCAUAUGCGAAAGCUCAAUUCUCUUUCUAAUUCUUUGCAUCAAAUUCUCAUCCCACAAUUUCCUAAAUCAUUAACCUUUUCAAACAUUCCUGUUCAAAAAAGCUUCAAUCAUUCAAACCCUAGCCAACAAACCUAUUACAGAAAACAAAUUUCACUUGCCAAUCUUUUACAAAGGUAUGGUUUUCCUGCUUCUGAACUUCAUUAUUUUCUUACAAAGAACAAGUUUUUAUUGAAUUCAGAUCUAUCAGAAAUUGAACAAUCUUUAGGAAUGUUAUUGUUGUCGUUUAAAUUGCCACAAAAUUUGCUUGUUUCAUUGGUAUGUGGGUCCCCUAGUGUUCUAAAUUUGGAAUUUUUGAAGAAAUGGGAGGUGGGUAUUACUUCAUUAGGGAUGUCAGCUAGUUCUUCAAGGGUUUUAUGUAGCAUUCUAGAGUUUUCUAGAAGGUUUAGGAUUGACCCAGAUAGAUUUUCUAGCUGUAUUGGGAUUUUGAAGGUUUUAGGGUUUAGGGAUGGAACCAUAAUUAGGGUUUUAGAGGGUUUUCCUGGGGUUGUUAUGAUCAAUGAAAAUGAAAUUAAGAAAAGGAUUAAUUAUUGGGUAUUUUUAGGGUACAAAAGAGAUGCUAUUGAUAAGAUUUAUAGUUCUUUCCCUAGAGUUUUAGGGUUUCAGGUAGAGAAUAGAUUGAAACCUUUGCUGAAUGAGUUUCUUGAUAUGGGUUUUCCAAAGAAAAUGAUUAUACAAGAGAUUGUUAGAGAACCAAGAAUUCUUAGUAUGGAGCUUGGUGAGCUGUGGCAAUGUGUAGAGUUGCUUAAGAAGUUGAAGUGUAGAGAAUCAAUCAAGGAGAAGAUAUUUGGUGACGGAGAGUUCAAAGCCGGAUUUGCUGUGAAAAUGAGAGUUGAUUGCUUGUGUAGAUAUGGGUUGAUCCGAAGAGAUGCUUUGUACGUUUUGAAAAGGGAGCCAAGAUUAAUAACAUAUGACAUUGAGGAUAUUGAAAAGAAGAUUAAGUUUCUUUUAGAAAGGAUGAAUUACAACAUUGAAUGUUUGAUCGAGGUCCCGGAAUAUUUGGGAGUGAAUUUUGAUAAACAAAUUGUUCCAAGGUUUGAUGUGAUUGAGUACUUGAGAUCAAGAGGUGGGCUUGGUUUUGAGGUGGGAUUGAGGGAUAUUAUAAAACCAAGUAGGCUUAGAUUUUACAAUCUCUAUGUAAAGCCAUAUCCCGAGUGUGAGAAUAUCUAUGGUAGGUUUUUUGAAUAUGUUGGAAAGAAGACUCGACAUCCUGUUGGACUUUGGAAACAAUUCAAACCUCCAAAGUUUCCAGUGUCGAGAGAAGAUGUGGUGAACUUGAAAUCAUUUACGGAAUCCUUGGUUUGACGUAUGGUGAUGACUAUUUCUCCAAGUGAUCCUAACUAAGAGCUCUCAACUGAGUCGGAGGUAUUCUAUGAGCUAGAUAUAUGUAUGAUGAUGAUGAUGAUGAAGAGUAGAGUCGGAGGUAGUUUUGAUUCCAAUACUUCCAUGGAAGCCUUUGAAACGUAUAAUGCAGCCAGAGGGAAUAGCACUUAUGCGAAUAACGUCAAUAUAGAACGAGAUUGGUGUUGCGUAGGACACAGAUUGAUGAACUUUUCAAGUUCUACUUUCCUGUUCGAAAAUAGCGAACCUGCUAGCCUUUGGUACUAUACCUAUCUAAAUUCCAAUGUGUAAUCUUAGUAGCUGCGGGCCUGCGGCUUCCUUGUUUAAGCUUGAGCUGUUGAUAAUGCGAUGAGAAACUACAAAGCAGCUUUGACUUAUAUUUGCGUAGCUAGAGCAUAAGAAGACAUGAAACAAGGAAUCCUUAGUUUGACGUAGAAGCCGGUGAUGAUUUUAUCUCCAAUAUGAUCAUAUUUAAGAGCUCUUAACUGAGUCGGAUGUAGUUUGAUUUUGAUACAUCCACCGAAGCCUUUGGAUGUAUGACAUUGAACGACAAUAUGGAAUGAAAUCAGUGUUGCAUAAGACAUGGAGAUCAAUUUACUUUUAUGCUCUGCUUUCCAUCAGAUGUGCAAUCGUUGCAGCUGAUGCCUAUUUGUUUAAGCUUAAGCACACUGUUGAAUAUGGUGACUCUAACUAGUAGCACCAUUGAAGAAGAUGAAUCAAGGGCUGGGUUCACGUGGGAAUCCAGUGGGCUACCACCGACUCGGUGUGGUGAAGGCUUUGAAGAAGCUGAGUCGUCGCUGUGGGCUGGACUUGAAGCUGUUGUACAGAAGCAAACGCCUAGUCGGGGUCCAUGGCAUUUGGAGGACAGCCGACUCGCGGUGGAGGCUCUGCCGAGUUGAGUUUUUGUCCAGAAUGUGAAGCCGACUCGACGGUAGUGUGGGUGUGGAGUGCAGCCGAAUCGGCUGUGGUCUGCGGAAACAAUGGGAGCAGUUUUUCCCACUUAUUUGGCCGGUUAUUUCAUGACUUGGGAGCCCAAGUAUUUUCUAGUUUAGGGAUUAAUAUAUAUAUAAACUUCCUCCUAUUAGUGCUAGGGUUUUUUCAACCCACAGAUUAGAGAGAGCACACAUUGUGGCAUUGUUGUGGUAGAGAAAUACUUGAUUCAUCUUUGUAAUUCUUUGGGGUGUAUAGUAAAAUUAUUUGUUCUUGGUGUCUGUAGCAAUCACAUUGACACAUUGAUAGUGAAUCACAUGUGUUGUUUUUA